AAAAAAAAAAAAAAAAAAAAAAAAAAAAAAAAAGUCAGAUGGCUGUUUGAUGACGUCACUGAACGUGUAAUUCCUAUGUUAAUGAGGUAUUCAAGAUGGAGUCUUUUAGCAUAGCGUAGCUGAUGUCGAGGAGAAACGAUCUAAGACAGUUUCGGAUUAUUUGUAUGAAAUAUGCCGAAAAGACGGAAUGGAGAAAUUCCUCUGCCGGACGGGUGGGAUGUGGGAAGAGAUUUCGAUGGAAAAAUAUAUUUUAUCGAUCAUAUUAAUAAAAAAACUACUUGGAUUGAUCCUCGCGACAGAUAUACAAAACCUCAAACAUUUGCUGAUUGUGUUGGAGAUGAAUUACCUUUUGGUUGGGAAGAAUGUUUUGACAAUCAGAUUGGAGUGUACUAUAUAGAUCACAUUAAUCAAUCAAAUCAAAUUGAAGAUCCUCGACAGCAAUGGAGACAGCUACAAGAAGCUAUGCUAAAAGAUUAUCUUCUUACAGCUCAAGAAGAUUUAGCUGCAAAAAAGGAAAUUUUUGAUAUUAAACAACAGAGACUUUCUCUUGCUCAAGAUGAAUAUCAUCAUUUGACUGCAGCUCUUCAGGGUUUGAGCUCAUGUCCUUCUAAUAUUAGCCUCUGUUCAUCUGGAUCUGCUGCUUCUUCUGCAAGCAGUUGUGCAACUAAAUUUGACCCAGAUCUUUUAAAAGCUGAUGUAGCUUUGGCAAAAGACAGAGUAGCAAGACUUAAGAGAGAGCUAGAGCAAAUACGCACUGAAAUGUAUUAUAAAGAACAAGGGCUAGAAGCUUUAUCACAGGUAGAUCAGCAGUUUUCUGGGCAAACAACAAGUUAUACAUUAGCUGAGGCACAAGCUAUUAUGGAAGAACUUCGGAAUAUUCAGAAAUCUCUCAGUUGUGGUGAAAAAGAGAAGGCUGAGUUAAUGCAGAGCUUAUCAAGAUUAAAAGAUGACUUGUCUCGUUUACAACCUUCAUCACCCGAUGUUUCAACUUUGAAUAUUCCAUUAGAGAAAUUUAGUACAGCAUCACAGACUGAUCUGUCUGGUGAGUUUGCUCCCAUUGGAGCAAGACUAGCCGAAAUGGCGAGAAUGAGGUUGCAGUAUGAUGAAGCAAGAAAAGAAGUGCACCGAAUUCAACAGGAUUUAGCAGAUCUUGAAGAAAAGAUGUCUCCUGGGCAAACAGAAUCUGAUAAAGAUAGGCUACUCCUCAUUCAAGAGAAAGAGCAGCUUCUUCGAGAGCUGCGUAGUAUCAACAUCAAAGGUCGGAGCGAGGGGGAGGUAGCUUCUAUUCAGACAGAAAUAUACAAGCUAGAACAGGAGCUGGGAAAUGCAAUGGAGAUGUCAAACAGAGCAAUAGCGGAUAGAUUAAAACUUCAUGAGCAAAAGAAUAUUCUGCUAAUGCAACUCAGGGAUUCAAUGAGAGUUACUAUGUCUUUAGAGUCUCAUUUGAAGAGCCUCUCUGCUAGCACAUUAUCAGUGUCUUCAAGUAGUUCUCUUGGGUCCUUAAGCACUGGCUCAUUAUCAGCAAGCAGCAAAGGCUCAUUAAGUAGUUUGAGUUUCACUGACAUCUAUGGGCUUCCUCAGUGUUCGGCUGAUCCUUCGCUUCAGGACUUACACAAACGUAUUGGGCAUCUUAUUCACGGUAGCACACAAGUUACUGGAACUACCAACUUUGAAGAUUCUUCCAGUGUCCCUCUUUCAGUUGGUCACAGUGUCCCAUCUCUUUCACCUCGAUCUUCCUUGUCAUCAAUUUCUCCUCCUAUUUCGCCUUAUGAAUAUGGACCACCACCUAGCUAUGAACAGACACAUUUAGAGAGAUUGCAGAGACAGUUGCCAGUUGGGUUAGAGGAACAAUUAGCUGACCUAAAACUGGCUCCUUGUUCUGCAGAUGCUUUACGAACAGAGCAAAUUGUGUUGAGUGAUCAAAAGCUAGUUCGCCAGGGAGGAUUAUUUCUUUCUAGUGAUCAGAAUGUAAAUUUAAGGAACUUAGGAGACUCUCCAAAUGAUUCGCAUAGCAAUCCACCUCUGAGUCCAAUAUGUGAAUUAGGAAGUGAUGAUCUUCAAGCAUGUACAUUUACAAAUUCCAAUAAUCGAAGUGUUUCAGCUGCUGUUAGUGAUGAAUCUGUUGCAGGUGAUAGUGGAGUGUUUGAAGCGUCAAAUAAGCGGACUGCAGAAGAUAGGUUUGGUCUUAGUGAAUUAAAUCUGGAAACUGCUCAAGUGCAAGUGAAACUAAGGUAUUCUCUAGAAGAUGGACUGUUACAUGUUGGCAUUGAGAGAGCUCGAAAUUUAACAGCUUUAUCUGUCCCAGAACAUCAUAAAGUGUGUAUUAAAGUUGCAUUGCUGCCAAUAACUAGUGAUGAAUUAAGUACUUUUACUACUAGUGUAUUAGAAAAUUUAAGCAAACCAACCAUCGGGGAAACAUUUCGAUUCAGUGUCCAACUUGGAAAACUGUGUACAAAAACGCUUCAAGUUAACAUAUGGUCUUUUAGCUCCAAUGCUGAGGAAGAAUGUCUGGGAAGUUCACAAGUUAGCUUAGCUGACUUUUCCCCUGAAACAACCAUCACCAAGUGGUAUAAUGUCCUAAGUUUUCGGUUUAUGCAACCAGAUCCAGUGCCAGAUAAGUGCCCAAAGCGAAAGGAAAAUGAUGAUCGAUCUGAAGUUGCUGAACACCUUCAUACUAAAGUGUUUUCUUUCAAAGAAGAAAGCAGUGAUGAAUCAACCAUUAUAUCGUCACAGACCUCAACUUUAACGAGAAAUCAAGGCUCAGAGAUGGUUGAAUGUGGUAUGGGAGGAGAUGAUUUGGACAGUGAUGAGGAAGAAGAUGAUGAGGAAGAGGAAGGUGAUGUAGGUGAUGAAGUUGGAGCUGUAUUAGAAGAUUUACAAACUUGUGUGGAAUGUGAAGCAGAGCGGUUAGCUCAACAGCAAGAAGUUUCAUCUGUUCAGUUGUGUGAUAAAGAGACUAAUACAGAAUGUGUAUUUCUGCCUGAAAAAGCACUGAAGAAAAGAUCAGAAGAAGCAUCUAAAAGUGCUGUCAUUAAACGAUCGCAAACAUUUUCACCUAGUGCUGCUGUUAAUAAGCAUCAGUAUAUAUGUAGACUAAAUCGUAGUGAUAGUGAUAGUUCUAUGCCAUUAUAUCGUCGAGGUGGACCGUUUCAAAGAAAUUCUCUAGAAAGGAGAAGCCUAAGGUGGAAAAAGCCUCCUGUAGCUUGUUCAAAACAUAGGUCAACAAAUUUUAUGAAAUCGGGAACAGUUCGAACAUCAUUAGACUUAGCUUUAGAUUUGCAGGCAUUUCACAGACGUCUAAACCAACAACAAGAAGAAAUAAAUAGACUAAAAGAACUGAAAAAACGAUUGGAAGAAUCAAAAAUAAAAGGUGACUGUGAUGUGCCUCGUUGGGUUACUGAAAAUGAAAAUCUGCAACUUGCUUUGGCUGGGGUAAGCAAAGGAGUCACAAAGUCUAAUUCAGAAGAAAAAAAAAUAGAAAAGCUUUUGAAGAAAACUUCUAGAGAGAUAUACAAACUAAGAAAAAGCCGUAAGAAACAACCUGAUAUUACUUCAUUCAGGGAGAAAAUGGCAUUUUUCACACGUGUUGAUAUGACUAUCCCCUUGUUACCAUCAGAAAUAAGUACAGAUGGAAUUCAGACAGUAAAAGCAAGUUCUCAGUUAAGGCCUCUUGCUAGCAGUAGUGAACAGAAUAAUGUGCAGCAAAGGUUUGAGUAUAUUAUUGAUCCUGAACUGGGAGUUCAAGUGUGACACAAUACAGUAUUCAUAUAUUCUUAUAAUUAGUACAUAAAUGUGUUACAUAAGUGAAAGCAUUUCAAAAGUGCCUUAAGCUGGGACUUAUUGGAAUGAGAAGUUAUAUUCUUAUGCCUUCAUUUGUUUUCUAAUUUCAUUCAUGAAAAUCAUGAAUAUUGAGUGCCAACAAGCAGAAAACAUUUCUGGUUACUCAUGUUAGUAUAUAUGUACAGUUGUAUCAAUUUAAAUGCUGGCUUGUUAAUGUUUAUCAUGGUAUAAAAUUUUAUUGUGUGUUUAAACACCUCAGUUAUGCUGAAAUCAGGUUAUUUGUCUAUGCCAAAUGGUCUUUUGUUGAUCUGUGCUAUCUAUUCAUGUGCUAUUUCAAAGAUAGAAAAACCUGUUCAUGUGCUAUUUCAAAGAUAGAAAACCUGUGCAAGUGCAAAGUAAUGACAAUCAAAAAUCACUAAAAUAUUUCAGUAGGGAUUUUCAUCUUUAAAAUAUGCAGCACCCUCUGAAAAAAUUCUCAUGUGGUUUUUGAAAGCUUAUAAAAUCAGAAUCUGAUAACAAAAAUGUUCAUAUAUAUUAGAAAUUUUAUAAUUUUUUGUAUAUUGAGGCCCAAAAGAACUAUUUGUAUUGAAGUAUUGCAGCUUUUUAUCUGCCAUUAUGUAUUUAUGUUAAUAAUGUCUCUGUGAUUUAUUGUAAGUUACUUCUUCAUUCCCUUUCACCAACUACUUUAAAUUUGACACAAUCCUUUGUGCAUUAUAUUAACUAAAUGCCUUUGACUAAAAUUUAUAAAUGGAAAUAAUUUCAUUUGUCAGACAUCUUACUGAAAUGAACUCCGAGGAUAAAUUCAAAAAAUGGCUAGAACAUUAGUUUCUUUUAGUUUUUUUUGGAGGGGGGUAAAUAUUUUAUAAUGUUUAUUGUUAAUUACUUGGUAUUUCAGAAAUUGGUGAAAUUCUGAUGAUCUUCAAAGGAAAAUUAUGCUUUAUAAGAGUUCAAAAGAUAUCUUUAAUUAAGGGUAUUUCAAUGAAAUUAAGUGUACACUAUCAAUUUAUUAAAAUGUAAUGAAAAAUGUUUCUAAAUUAUGGGAAGGGGAAUGUGGCAAUGUAUAUGUAUCUUAUUUUAUUUUGUGUCUAAAAUCUAGAAAGUAUAGAAAAAUUGUGAUAAUGUUAUAUUUUGGCAUGUUAUUUAUAUUGUAUCCAUAUGGCAUAUUUUAAUUUUAAGAUUUUGUUUUUUAAAUUUUCUUUAAUAUCUGAAUGUACAUAUCUGCUAAUGUUUGUGUUUAAAAGGAGGUUGUUGAAGCUUUACCAUAUUUGAAGUAUAGCAAGAUUUUUAAAAUUUUUUGUUCUUCACAAAUGAAAUUAAUUUGGAGUUCUUAGAUCUGUUACAUAUUGAAUUUUAAACAGUUUUCUAUUAACAUUUAAACUUUUCUCAUAUUUUACGUUGUAGUUCUUUCUUUUGUGAUGUAUGUGCAUCUUUUCAAGGCAAUUCAUAUUGAAAGGCCAUUUUAUUAAAGAUAAAAAAAUCUUUUAUAUUUCAUAUACACUCUCCUUAGGUUACUGAGUUUUUUUUUUUUUUUU